AUGUGGCGGUUGGAGGCGAAUACUGUGUGUCUAUUGGUCGGACAGCCAGUUAACGGUUCAGAAUCGCGAAUCUGUAAGAACUCGGACGGCGAUGAUAACGGUGGCCACAACUCCGAUGCCUCUGUUGUUGGCGAGAGCAAUGGCGUUACCAUCAGUAAUGCAAUUAUCAAGAACCAGGAUGACUGCUUGGCCGUUAACUCUGGUACUAGCAAGUAG